AGAGGAAGGCGUACCGGCAGGAGCAGGAAAAGAAGAUGAAAACGAACUUCAGCGGUUUCCUGGGGUCUGUUCCUGGAGUAGUUUUUAUCUUGAGGUUUCUGCCCUCUAACCUUUGUUGGCUCCAGUCUGUCAGAGGAACUCACUACAGGGUAGCCACUCAGCAACAGAGAAAAACAUUUUUACCUUUGAUGUCGUCGGUUCGUAAAAAGAGGAAACUGACACCAAGUGAACAGUGGAGACAGAGCAGUGCUGAGCAGCAGUGGCAGCUUUUUCAAAACAGUCAGGAGGAAAGGUGUGGGAUGAGUAAGAAGCUGCUGGUGGAUGUGGACAGUGGUGUGGACGAUGCUCAGGCCAUCAUGUUGGCGCUGGGUGCUCCUGACGUUACUGUCCUGGGGGUCACCUGCGUGCACGGAAACACCACGGUGGAGAAUGUGUGCAGGAACACACUGAGAGUUUUAAAGGCCUGCAACCAGCUAGAGAUCCCAGUGUUUAAAGGUGCUGAUAAGCCUAUUCUUGGUAAUAUGCUCGAUCCGGGACACUUCCACGGUCAGGACGGGCUGGGAGACGCUCCUGACCCAAACGCUCCUGGUCUGGACCUCCUUCAGAAGGAGAAUGCGGUGUCGGCUAUGAUCAGGAUCGUUAAUGAGAAUCCAGGAGAGGUGUCUCUGGUCGCUACAGCUCCUCUCACCAACUUGGCUCUGGCUGUGAGGAUGGAUCCGUCUCUGCCGAGCAAACUCAGAGGGCUUUACAUCAUGGGAGGAAACACGGAGUCCCGAGGAAACUCCACCGUAUGUGCUGAGUUUAAUUUUGCUGCUGAUCCAGAAGCUGCGUACAUCGUGCUGAACGAUUACCAGUGUCCCACCUACCUGGCCUGCUGGGAGUUCACCUGUUACAGCAAGCUGCCCUGGGAGUUCUGCGACACCUGGUUGGCGCAGGACAGCCACAAAGCUCGCUUCAUGAAGCAGAUCUUCCAGCACAGCAUCCAGAUGUCAAAAGACAGCGAGCAGGAAGAGUUGGUUCACGGUUUCAUCUCCUGUGACUCGUACGCCAUGGCGGCGGCUGUCGACGACCAGUUCAUCAUAGAAAGCGACUGUUACCCAGUCAGCGUGGAGCUGACGGGGACUCACACCCGAGGAAUGAUGGUGGUGGACACUAUGGGUCUUCUGAAGAAGACUCACAAGGCUUUCAUCAUGAAGAAGGUGGAUCUGGAGAGGUUUAAGCAGAUGAUGAUGGCUGCUUUGAAGUAACUGGACUCGGCUAUAAAGCCUGAUUCAUGCUUCUCCGCCUGCGUCAGUGCGGAGACACGCAACGUCCUUACGGGCCUGCCGGAGAGCUCCGCAAGGAGGGACGGAGUCGAGCUCUCUUUUCUAAACAUCCAUCCGUCGAGACAGAACGCAAGCUUGUGAUUGGUCAGGACGCCGCUGUUGUCUACAGCGCCGCCAUUGCGCCCUCAAAAACAUAGAGCCGAGGAUAACAAGCGGCAGACGCGGAGAAGCUUGAAGAAUACCUCGCGAAAAAACUAAAAACAUGAACGUUUUAUUCCCCCGUGACUGGAGGAGUGAAAAUAUGCGCAGCAAGCGUUUUAUUUGUGGACAGAAAUGACAGGAAACGUGGGUUUAGAGGUGGUGAGCGCAUGAAGAGGUGGAGGAGAAUGAGAGACAAAUAUGUCCGUGUUAAAAAGUCUCUUGUAUACAAAAAACACAAUAUAAACACACCAUCUUGGACCGAUACAUGACAGGAUACCACAGAACAGCGCUACGCCCUCUGUUGUCCUGCCGGGGAAUUGCUUUGCAACACUCCAGGAGACGGAGAAGUAUGAGAGCAAAACGCUUCCGUCAGCCCGUGCGUGUCUGUCCCUUGCGGAGCUGACAGAGAAGCAUGAACCAGGCUUAAGCUGAAUUUACUACACUCGCUUUCAGAUUUUAGACACAAGAAAUCAAUUCAUAUGUUCUUUUUGUAGUGCAACACUUCUUUUCCUUUGAGCGUUUCCUUCAGGUGUCACCACAGCGAAUCAUCUAAUUCCAUCCGACGUUCCUCUAAUAGUCUCCUGCCUACACAUCUCUCAUUUCUGCACUCAUUCCUGAUUCCCUUCAUCUUUGUCACCCCUAAAAAAAAGUCUCAGUUAUCAAUGCAAAACUGACAGUCUAAGUUAUUAGACUAUGUAAAAUGAAAUAAUAGGUAUUUUGUUUUUAUGUUUUUAACCUCUCAGUGAUAUUUUUUAAAUAUGCUUCGAUGCAACCCAGUUGCUUUUUGGGUUGAUUUUACAACCUGAUUUAUGGAUUUAGUGCAUGGCCACAAAAAAAGCCACCAGCUGGAUAGGUGAUGGUUGCUGCUGUAGGUCUGGUCUGGGUUCAGCAGCGUUAUCUGCUCAAAGAACAACGGUUGACCACCAGAAUGACCAGGUGUUUUCCUCCAUUACGGCACAAGCACUUUCCAUGACUGCUCCAGGAUUCAUUGGGUCAGAAUCAUGAAAGCGUGGUUCAUGGAACAUGAGGCCGGAUGUUAAACCCCACUGGGUAUUUUUGGGAUGUGCACAAGGUGUAUGUGGUCAGAUUGCAUCAUCAAUACAACAUCUUAGUGAAAUAUUAACGGUGGAUGCAGUUAAGUCUCUCAGAAACUUAUAGAGACCAUGACUCAGUAAUCAACAUUAAAGUCGAUCCAAGGAAAUAUUAAGAGUGUGUGAUCCGUUUUUGAGACAGGCAGUGUAUAAAGUCCCGUUACUGUUGGGCUGCAAAUAUUAUAAAAGCACUGAUCAGGUUGAAGAUGCAGCAUUUAAGGCUGUUUAACGCUGAAUGUGAGAAAAUCUGACUAAAUACAAUCAGAAACGGAGUCUUUAUUCUAUGAAGGACAUCAAAUUCUGUCGCCUUUAUGUAAGAAUGAGCACUUUGUAUAGGAUUUAGUUUGUUUUAAAAAGCAAAUGUUAAUUGUUAAUUGACAUGUUUUAAUAAAGCUGAACUAAUUCAAAAA